AAACUACUUAGACAGUCGCCAUUUUCAAGUCCGUCAUUUACGUACUUACUUCACCUACCUAUUCGACGCAGUUCACGAUCAUUUAAAUAAAAACCCGUGCAAUUUUAAUUCGCGCACACAUCAAUACGGAAUGGUCACGAUCAAAUUCGCAUCGCUCAUAUCUAGUGACUGGGGCUAAGUCUGGAUACGAUAAAUGAGCUAAGAUAUAAGACAUCAAGAAGGGUGCUCCUGAAAGGUUUCUAUAGGAAUCAACUACGAAAUCACCAACCUUGGCACUUGUCAAUCAAGAAGGUGGAAUCCUAUUAGAUUAUUAAUUCUUUCACCAUGAGCCAUCCUUUCUCGUCCACGUUCGAUGCCCUUCAGGCACACUUCACUCAAAAACCGGACAAGCCAGAUGUGACACCUUUGCCUCCCACACAGACACAAAAACCAGUUCUUGUUAAUAACGACCUAGGUACAACUGAGUCCCCAAGGCAGAAUGCGGAUCUUAGUCAUAUCUCAAGUGCCAGGACGCCCUUACCAGUCGCAACAUCGAAUUUGUUGCUCCCACGGCCCGGCCAAAGAGUAUUGCUUCCCAAACCAAAUAGUGCAUCAGUGCAACCAACCUUAGCCCAAGGCCUUCAAAAUAUCCCGAGAAAUGGAACAUCAACACUACCUCAAGCUCCUCCAGGCCACGCUAUUAGUUGGGAGUCGUAUACCCAACCUAUACUACCAAGGACACAAGGUCCAGCCUUGACUCCCAUGGGGCCUUCAGCAGGCCCCUCCGUUUCUCAUAAUCCCUCUGGGACUCUUCAUAGUAGCGAAGCCUCAUCCCAAAUUUCUGGAGCCAGAUUCAACGAGUUAUCAAUUAACGAAGCAAGCACAGCGGGUGCCACAGAAGACCAAGCUAAUCCAAUAGACACAUCAACGGAUGCACUUCUCGAACGCCAGAAUGAGCUUAAUUCGGAAAAUCCCUUACCAAAACUCCCUCCUCCGGUACGUGGGUUCGCGAAAAAGAUAUUGAAUCUUGAAAAUAAACCGCAACGCCCCCGUGGAGGCCGUCAAAAUGUAAGGAAGCGUGGACCUCGGAAAGCUGCUGAGCCAACAGGUGAUAUCAAAUAUCGUCUUAACAUGGCAUCCAACGCGUACAUGGAUGGGCGUAUUGACGAGGCCAUCGACUAUGUACAUGAUGCAAUCCGUAUCAAUGCAGAAACCUACCGCGCCUGGGUCCUCCUAGCUUCUUUUUUACAGGAAAAGGGGGAUCAAUUAGGACAUUAUAGGGCGAAGUGGUUUGCUACGAAUCUCCAACCACAGAUUAUUGAUGGGUGGCUUCAAUGUGCAGAACUAGCUAUCGGGCUCCGAGACGAAUUUCCCGAAGAUGAAGGUCUUACUGACGAAGCCAUUCUAUCAUAUUCCCAGGCAUUGAAGAUUGAAAAUAGUCACAGACCAGCACGUCAUGGAAGGGCCGCAUUGUCGCUCGAAAUGGGGCAUCUCAGGAAGGCCGUUGGAGAUUAUACAGCUCUACUUGGAAGUUGUGUCUUCGACAUAUACGCAUUACGGGGUCUUGCCGAAGGUUGUGUCCUACUCGCAGAUACAGGCAAAUCUCGAUGGUUAGAUCAACCAGGGAUAGCUAUAGACGCAUACCGCCGCUGCAUCAGUCAUUUCCGGGAGAAUGGGCUUGACAUCCGAUAUCCUUUCGAUUGGCAAGAUAUUAAAAUAUUCGUCGAACUUCUUGCCUAUGUCAAACAAUUCAAUAAUGCCAUACAUGAACUAAGGUCACUGUCACGAUGGCUCUUAACACGUUCCGAUGAGGUGUUCUGGGAUAGCCAGAAUGACGACCGUGAAUGGGACGUGGAUAACUCGAGACGGCUGGAAUUAGAGCAAUUUCAGGAGAAAAAAUAUCCAGCAUCGUCAUAUGGAAAGGGCCUUCCGCUAGAAAUGAGGACGAAGCUUGCCGCGUAUCGUCUCAAGCUUGGCCAAGAGGAUGAAGCUAUGCAUCACUUGGAAUUCAUUGAUCCGGACCAGUCGAAUGGACCUGAGAUACUCUCUGAGUGCCCGCAUCUAUUGCUUGAAGGUGCGUCAGCGUUGUACGAAGCCGGCCGACUACAAAUGGCCCUGCGCUUUUAUGAGCCUCUCCGAGAGCCUGAUCUCCUUGAUACCGAGUCUCUCGUCCGAGCAGGACGAUGCUAUUUGAACAUGGGGGAUAAGAGGCAGGCCGAAGAAUGUUUCACUGCUGCUAUUGACCAGGAUGAAAUAAACAGUGAGGCCUGCAUUGAUGCGCGCUAUGAAUUGGCGAAGAUGUAUGAAGCAGCAAGAGAGGAGAAGGAAGCCUUCAUCCUUGUGAACGAAGCUAUCAGGCUUCAGGAAGUUCGAGACCAAGCUCGUGAAGAGGCUCUCGAGGAAGAACGAUUGGGAGACGAUAAUGAUGACGACCAAGGAGACGGCGACCUUGCACUUCCUGAGCAUCCACUGGUACCGGCCACCAGGAAGGAGGCAGUGCCAAAACCAAAAAGAGCCAAACGUCCACCUAAGCCCAAAGUUGAGAAGGUUAAACCAGCACCAAAGGAACGAAAACCUAAGGCGUCGCCGAAACCAGCUUCACGACGCCGUAAGGUAUUUGCCCGAACUGAAGAAUUGCAACUGGAAGAGAAGAAGAGAGCCAGUGAACUUGCCGAAACAUGGAAGACUGUGCACGAAUGUCGAGCUUCGUCCAAAACCGAUGCUAAGGGUCCUUCUAGCGCAUUCAUGUCCGCGGCCGGGGAGCUCGUCGACGACUUUCGAUCGUAUAAAGAGUUUUACACCUGGGAUAAGUACCUGGCACAUCUUAAUAUACACCAGGCUCGAGAAAAGGUCGAGGCACAAAAGGGCAACCCCAACCUCAUUGCAAUGGCACAACGUCUCUCACAUAAUCUGAACCCGGAGAAUUCCGAAGGCGAGAAUCAAACCGAGCGGGUGGCUGUCAGUUAUCGAGGCGUCCCUUUUAAUGAGUGGCUUGAUCUUUUCCUCGAGUAUGCCAUGGGGCUGGCUCAGACCGGGCGAUACCAGGACGCUUACAAAGUCUGCGAAUCCGCACGAGACACUACAAUAUUCUCUAAGUCUAAGGAGGAUAUGUUCCUAAUCCAUGUGGCAUGGGCUGCGUGCGCCUUGCGUGGCAGAGACGAAGAGACAUGCGUUGCCUCCGCUCGUUGGAUUAUGAGAGAAUACCAAUACGACACAGAACCUUUCCGGAUGUUCUCUGCCCUGUCUAGGUUAUGUCCGUCUCCUGCAUCGUGGUAUGCAUCCGGCCCUGUUCAAAAGUAUAUGCUACGACAGAUUAAGCUUAUGGAUCGUGCAAUUAAUGCUGCAGGAGCUGAAGUUAGCGGGGACGAAGAUGGACCGCCCACUGGCAGAGUUUUCCCAGGCAAAGAACUAGAUGUUACGCUACUAAUGCUUUACGGAAAUAUCUUAUUCAUAUCGAACAGUUUCACCUACGCCCUGAAUUACUUCAUGAGGGCUCAUAGCUUAGACCCCUAUAAUACUAUGGUCAUUCUUAGCGUCGGUAAUUGUUAUGUCUAUUAUGCUCUUAAGAGGCAAGCUGAGAAUCGUCAAUACCUCCUAACCCAGGGAUUUCACUUCCUACACCAAUACUAUGAAUUAAAACUGGCUUCGCCAGAUACAGCUCAGAGGCAGGAGGCCCACUACAACCUCGCGCGAAGUUACCACGCCGUUGGAAUUCCGCACCUCGCUACCGAAUACUACCGGCGUGCUCUCCGGGAGGUGCCUGACGAUUCCGGGAAUGGGGUUAUGGGGAGGAAUGACCUUAGUCGAGAGGCGGCGUAUAACAUGGCGCAGAUCUGCUGGGCGGGCGGUGACGUGGACGCAGUUAAGGCUGUCACUGACCAGUAUCUAGUUAUCUAAAUAUGGUCUGAUAAAUGACGGCUCACGCCAAUCGUAAUAAGAUCGCACACUACUUGGGUCUCGAUUCAGAUAGUCAAUGUAAAUAACUGCGAACCGGUUUAUUUCCGGGCAUUUUUGUCUUUUUCCACGGAGACGUUCUUGUUCUCGUCAACCGCUUGCACAGGAACUUGAAUCGAUAGUAAAGGGGGAAACAAGAUAUCCUCCGAUACUAACAGUAGACCACGACCUUAGCCUUACCACCUGCAAUGCGGGUAACUGGUCGCUAUUUUAAGGACUAUAUAUGUCGUCACCAUGGUUUCCAGAAUAAUUGCCAAGGAAAAUUAAACUAUGGUUGAAAAGCCGUUUGAGUGGUUACCGAACCACAGUUCCGAUGCUGCGAUAGUCGUGACGAUGACAUCGGAUCGAUGACAUGCUGAAC